AUGGCCCGCCAACUGGCCGAGAUGAAUGAAAGGAUAGACAAGCUUAUGAGCGCUAAAGAUGAAUGCCGCCGCUAUUUCCCAUGGCCUGAACGAAACUUGCAUGUCAAAGGUUUCGGAUCAACUCUUAUUGGUCUAGCUCUGCGUUGGUAUUUCAACCUUCCCAACGGCAGCAUCGCUUCCUUCGAAAAACUAGUUGAAACUUUUAUGGUGCAGUUUUCAAGCAGUAAGAAGAUCCCCAAGCGCUCGGACGAUCUCUACAGGUUGCCUCAAAAGAGAAAGUGUCUAUCAUAUGUUGUGAUCCAGGAACCGCCAUCCAAGCGCUCAAAAGCUAUUUACUUCCUAGUGGAGAACUAUAUGAGGAACUCACCAAGUGUGAUGUCUGAUAGGGAUAAUUCGGCCUAUGUGAGAUCGGAAGAAGAGGUAAGAAGAACGUCUUUGACACCUACCAAGGAAGAAAGACGUGAAGAUAAAUGUCAGAGGAAAGAACAGUCGGGUGCCAGUGAUUCAAAUGGUAAACGCCCCUGCAAGUCUGAAAGGACUGACUACGACAAAAACUGCCCAGAGUAUCCCCUCUGGAUAGCCCAGGUUGAGGCUAUGGCAGACAUAGGGCAUACGACCCCGGAUUGUAAGGUUCUGAGAUACGAGGUCACUGAUUUACUCAAGAAGGGUCACUUAAGAAAUCUGUUAUCCGAGAAGGUAUUAGUAUUUGUAGAAGAUGAAGCUAUCGAACUCUUACACCCUCAUCAGGAUGCAUUAGUGGUUACGCUUCAGAUUGCAAAUUACAACGUCAAGCGGAUCCUAGUCUAUAAUGGCAGCUCGACUAAUGUUAUGUUACUGGAAGCCUAUAAGGGGAUGGAUUUAGAUGAAACUCUGAUCGUGCGUAGGUCUACGACACUCGUUAGGUUCAACGAUGAGAAAGUUGUCACCAAACUACCAUGA